AUGGACACGUCCAGCGGCGCCUUCUAUCACCCUCCGCCGCCGCUCAUGAACCAACCGCCACGCAUCUUUGGGAACAUGAAUCCGAACGGCUCGCCCAUUCCUCCCACUAUUCCCCCGGGCCCCUUGUUUGCUCACGACGAGAUGGACGACGGGCAUGAUCAGGGCGACCCCAAGAGGCGCCGCAUUGCGAGGGCAUGUGACAUGUGUCGCAAAAAGAAGAUCAAGUGCGACGGGAAGAUGCCGGCAUGCACCCACUGCCAGAACUACAAGACGGAAUGUAUCUUCACACAAGUAGAGAAGAAGCGGCAACCACCAAAAGGGGCCAAGUAUAUCGAGGGUCUCGAGAACCGCCUGGCCCGCAUGGAAUCGCUGAUGCGCCUAUCGGGCGUGCUCCCAGAGGACGACGAUGGUAGUACGGACCUGGCAACUCUGGAGCGAAGACUAGCAGAAAGGGCAACUCAGAGACAGGCAGCUGAAGGUGGUACUCCAGCAGCGACAACGGCAGGCGAUCGGAGAGCGUCGUCGGCACAACCAGCACAGAAGCAUGGCGCCCCAGUGCAACCCGCGUUGCCUAGCCCCCGCAGCGGAACAGCAUCGAGAGAGCAGUCACAACCGCCAAAGGAUGAUAAGGACGAGGAUACAUUGGCGGACAUGAUGUGCUCCUUAGUCACAAACAACUACGGCGAGACGCGAUAUAUCGGGUCCUCAUCUGGUUUCUCCAUCUUCUCACCGAAGGGAAUACAGUGGGUCAACGAGAAAACAGGCGAUAACUCGUUCCAAGAGAUGAUCUCAACCGCAGCUAUUGACGACAACAAAUGGAUACAGUGGAAACCAGAAGUCUUCCAGGACCUCUUCAAGCGACGGGUUUACCGACCCCUUCCCCCCAAGCCAGAAGCUCUCUCCUUACUAAAGGACUACUUUGAGAAUUUCAAUUGCAUGUUCCCCCUUUUCCACGAACCUACCUUCAUGCACCUGGUAGACAAGCACUACUCCAACGAGCCUUAUGAGGGCUCAGGGUGGUGGGCUAGUCUAAACAUUGCCCUCGCUUUCGCUCACCGGUUACGUGUUAUGAGCAAUCUGGUGCCUCAAGAGGAGGACGAGAAGGCCGAUCAAUACCUCAAGAACGCCAUGGCCGUGCAGGUGGAGCUGACCAUGCGCAACACCGAUCUUUUGAGCGUGCAGGCGCUCCUUGGCAUUGCACUAUUCUUGCUUGGCACCCCAAAUCCACAAUCGACCUACUUCUUCGUAGCGGCUGCAUUGCGGUUAUCGCAUAGCAUCGGUCUGCACAAAAAGGGCUCUGGCUUCAAUCUCAAUGCUUCCGAGGUGGAGCAACGGAAGCGCGUCUUCUGGAUCGCUUACAUACUCGACAAGGACAUAUGCCUCCGGUCAGGUCGUCCUCCUGUGCAAGACGACGACGACAUGAAUGUGGAGCUGCCUAGCGAAGAUCCCCCAGACAACAUAGGGAACAUCCCCCUCGCAGAUGGAAAGGGUAAAGUGAACCUCUUCCGGCUCAUGUGUACCUUCGCCAUCAUCGAGAGUAAAGUAUAUAAGCAGCUAUAUUCGGUUAAGGCAUCAAAGCAAUCCGACGGAGAGCUGCUCAACACGAUAGGUGAAUUGGACAAAGAGCUUGAAGCAUGGAAAGACAACAUCCCACGCGACUUCCGACCUGAACACGAAAUCAAGGCCUCGCACACGCCUCUCAUUCUUCAUGUCGUAUCCCUGCAUUUUGCCUACUACAACUGCCUGACGACGAUUCACCGGAUGAGCGUGCACCACGGAUACUGGACGAGCCGGUUAUCCAACUUUGCGAUCCAAGGUCUUAACGCCCGUCCCUUGAACCCGCGUGUCUUCAUGUCGGCGCAACUGUGCGUCCAGGCUGCUCGCGCUUCCAUCCACCUCCUGAAGUAUAUCCCCAAAGGCGACUCAUCGUGCGUAUGGAUGGUCAUCUACUUCCCCGUCACAGCGCUCGUCACUCUGUUCGCCAACAUCCUUCAAAACCCGCAAGACACGCGGUCUCGCUCCGACCUCAAGCUCAUGAAUCUGGUGGUCAACUUCCUCAGCAUGUUGAGCGGCGAUGAGCGCAACGGCAGCGUCAAGCGCAUGCUAAGCGUGUGUGCGGAAUUCGAGCGCAUAGCCAAGGUAGUGCUGGACAAGGCGGACCAGGAGCACGCGUCGAGAAGGAAGAGGAGGCAAGGGGAUAGCGAGCAGGAUGCGGAGAUCGAGGCGACGGCCAACGAGAUCCUCACGCCGGCGUAUCGAGCUGCGCAGAGUCCGCCUCAGAAUACCACGAAUGCGACGAAUACCCCGGCGCCGAUACCGAAUGCGGAUGCGUUCAACCCUGAUUUCCAUGGCUUCAAUGAGCCCUUCCCCUUCUCCCCCGAUUUCACCCACGCCUCUCUUUCCAAUACCCACCUCGCCCAAUUCGGCUCCCCCUCGAUGGCAGCACAAAUACUCCAACAACACGGCGGCAUCCCGCUCACUUCCUCCGCACCCGCGGACAUGGCCUCGCUAAACGGCAUGACUUCCGGUCUCACCACCAUGGGCGGUACGUACGACCCCCAGCAGCAAGCCGUUGGGUUUGGAAACGGCGCCAACGUUGGGCAAGAUCUGUGGCGCAUGCCCAUGACGCUUGAGUGGGAUUGGGCAGAUAUGGCGGGUUUUACAGGGUACGAUGAUGGGAUCAGUAUGAACGGCGUGUUGCCGGAUUUCUCGCAGAGUACGGCGCACGGGACGAGUGGGAUGAAUCUGAGUGGGAUGGGGGGACAUCGAGGGUAG